AUGGCUAGAGAGAAACAGCGCUUUUCGACUACUCAACUGCUUAUCCCGCAUAUAAAGUCUGAGGCUGCCUGGGAGUUGCGCCAGCGGGAACUAAUCGAAGUUGUUAAACGGAAGGAUUGGCUGCUGUCAAAGCUACUCGAUAAGCUUGAAGCCGUCGGGCUUGAUCUCAGCACUAUCUUCCCUAGUAUUCCUGGACUCAGGGCCAACCACAAGGGCUCAACACAGUCACAGGCCGCCAAGUAUGUUAGUGGAGCGAGACCUUUCGAUGAGGAUGCCUGGCUUGAGGAGAACAACGCGAUAACAUCUGAGACCGGAUUCGCAUCCACCAUUUUGGAAGAAACAGAAGAUUCUACCCUUGAUGAUAAUCUUCUGCUACUCGAAGAUCUCAGCGCGCCAUCAGAAGGAUGGUGGAGGAAGAUGUCCACCGUUAACAAUAACACCGAAGCCGUAGAUGCCAGGACCCCGGAGGACUCGACGAACAUGGACACUACGGACGGUGGUUUGGAGACUGAGGAUGACUUUGACGAUGAUGAUGACGAUGAUUUUGAGCGACAAGAGACCCCCCCGAGACUCAGACCUCAGCCAAACCACCAAACUCCCCCUUCAGGGCCAGGCGAGGACACAGCAACAGAAAGUGAAGAUGACCUUGAAGAUCGAAAUGGGGGACCAAGUACAGCGAAGUCUCCGGCAUCACGAAACACUUCCAGGGGCCUUGGAACAAUCGGAGGCAACAGAAAACAGCCCCCACAACCAGAAUCGCCUCAAACAUCACCAGCAUUAGCAGAUGUCGACGCAGCGAUACCAAGACGCAAGACCCCCACAACCCAAGCAGACAGCGACCAAACAGCCUCCGAGACAGACGACGACCACGACGACAAUCAUCCCUCCCCAUCACCCUCACCGCCGCCCUCAAACCGUCAAACAAAGCCCCGCAAAAUAGGUAUGAUAGGUGGCAAGAAAGCCGAAAAACAAGCCUCCCCACCAGCGUCACCAAAUCCCGAAUCAUCCAGUAAACUCCAGUCAAAACCCCGCGGGAUUGGCGUCAUAGGUGGUAAGGGCAAAGCAAGGCAAGCUUCCCCACCAUCAUCACCGCCACCAGAAGCCGAAUCAUCGACCAAGGCCCACAGACUAGGAGUGAUAGGCGGCCGGAAGAGAGAAAAACAAGCCGCGUCGUCGCCAGCAGCUACAGCAACGCAGUCCUCAGGGCCACCAUCCCCUGCACCAGCUCUGGACGAACAACCCGCAGAGCCGGAGAAGGAAGAAACAGAGGAAGAAAAAGCGGACAGGAAGCGGGAAGAGCUGAAGAGACAGCUUGAAGCUAAGAGCAAGGCGCCUGCUAAGAAGAAGCGGAAGUUUUAA